AUGGUGAAGCUUACGUUGGUAGGCAGAGUGAAAGAUGGGUUGCCUCUUGCAGAAGGUCCAACUUAUAAGAAUCAAGAAAAUGAGAACUUGUCAACUUACAAGCAACAAGGAGAGUUCAUACUCAAAGAAAUCUCAAGAGGAGCCUUAUCAACAUCAAAGAUGACCAUUUUUCUCAAUUCCCAUUGUUUCAAUUAUAUUGUUGAGAAUGGAGUUUGCUUCAUGGCACUCUGUGACUCAACCUAUCCAAGAAGGCUGGCUUUCUAUUAUCUACAAGACCUGCAAAAGGAAUUUGACAAGUUUCAUGUUGGACUCACAGAUAGAAUUACAAAGCCAUAUAGCUUCAUCAAAUUCAAUGGUAUCAUUGGAAAUGUUCAAAGAAAAUAUGAAGACACAAGGACACAGGCAAAUUUAUCUAAGAUGAAUGCAGAGUGCUCCCAAGAACCAGACAAUAUGGCAUCAGAAAUUUUUUCUCAAAUAAUAAAACGAAGAAGAAGAUCUGAAAUGUUGGAGAGGAUAAGCAAUGCACAUCUAAAUGCCUCUCCAAUCUGGGGUUCCAAAAGUCUUGAGAUUAUCGCUCUGAAAUGGACACCAAUAGCAAUAGUCCUUGCGGUUGCUACUCUACUUUUAUGGAUCAGCUUAUUCCAUAAAGAUGACUACUUAUAG